CAUGUUAGGCCUAAGUAGGUCCACAGGCUUCAAAGGCAGUCGAAAUGUCCAAUUACAAAAACCAGAAAAACCUUCACGUUUUCGUUUGCCCCUGCCGCAAAUCUCCCGCCAAAAAGCUGUGAAUAAAAUAAAAAGAUGAAAUUUUCAUCCAAAUCUUGAUGAACACUCGGAAGCCAAAUUUAAAUCACCUGCACCUCCGUCAAGAUGUUCGGAUCUCACGGAGAGAGCACGAUCGACAAAUACGGUUCGAUCAAUGCAAGCAACAUUGGCUCGAUCGUUCCCGUUUAUUUCAACGAAAACGAGUACUCCAAGGACGAAGAGAAGCUGGUUUUUGAGCUCAUUCGUUUCUUCUCCGUUCCUCCAGGGCAAGAUCUUGCUCAUCAGGUAAAGGAUGAUUCUGGUGCCCUCUCUUUGUCUCUUGAUUUCCAACAAUUUCGAAAAUCAUGUGAUAUUGAAGAAUUCUAUGCAAAUUUGGAAGAUAAACCUAAAAUAGCUCUCUCCUGUGUGAGUGCUGCAGUUCACCAGGUUUUAUUAAGCAACUCGGAUUUCUACUUGGAGGAAGGAUUGAAGAUAAAUAUUCGUCUGCACAACUACCCUGAAUCCCUGAUUGUCUUGAAGAACUUAAAGGCAGCAUAUAUUGAUAAGCUUGUGUCCGUGCGUGGCACUGUGGUAAAAGCUAGCACUGUUAAACCUCUUGUGAUUAAAAUGAAUUUUGCCUGUGAAAAAUGCACAACAGAGAUUCCUCGUUUGUUUCCCGAUGGCAAAUUUUCACCGCCAACGGCUUGUACUUUACAUGGCUGCAAGAGCCGAACAUUCAAACCAAUUCGAUCUUCAGCUCAAGCAAUAGAUUUUCAGAAGAUAAGGCUACAGGAGCUACUGAAGUCUGAGGAUCAUGAAGAAGGUCGAGUGCCUCGAACAGUAGAAUGCGAAUUGACUGAGGAUCUUGUUGAUGUUUGCAUCCCUGGGGAUGUAGUAACAGUCACUGGAAUUAUCAGAGUUAUCAACAAUUACAUGGAUAUUGGAGGAGGAAAAUCAAAAAGCCGAAAUCAAGGAUUCUACUAUCUGUACAUAGAAGCAGUUUCCGUAAAAAAUUCCAAGUCACAGUCUACACCCGAGGACUUGCAAGAUUCCAAUAGUAAUCAUAGACCGACAGACCUGGUUGAGUUGUUCUCAUUCUCUCCAAGGGAUUUGGAAUUCAUUGUUAAGUUUUCAGAAGAACAUGGUUCUGAUGUCUUUCGGCAAAUACUUCAAUCCAUAUGUCCAUCAAUCUAUGGACAUGAGCUUGUUAAAGCUGGAAUAACCUUGGCAUUGUUUGGUGGUGUAAGAAAACAUUCAAUGGAUCAGAAUAAGGUCCCAGUCAGGGGAGACAUCCAUGUCAUUGUUGUUGGCGAUCCAGGUCUAGGAAAGAGUCAAUUACUGCAAGCAGCAGCAGCUAUUUCCCCACGUGGCAUAUAUGUCUGUGGCAAUGCCACUACCAAUGCUGGUCUCACUGUAGCUGUAGUGAAGGAUACCAUGACAAGUGACUAUGCUUUCGAGGCUGGAGCCAUGGUACUUGCAGACCGUGGAUUAUGCUGUAUAGAUGAGUUUGAUAAAAUGUCCGCUGAACAUCAGGUUUCUCCUGACUGCUUUAUUUAUCAUUUGACCUAUAAGUAUCCAGGCUAUCUUUCACUUACAUCGGGAUUAAGGCAGGCUUUACUGGAAGCAAUGGAACAGCAGUGUGUUUCUGUUGCAAAAGCUGGACUUGUAGCAAGUUUAUCUGCUCGAACAUCUGUCUUAGCAGCAGCAAAUCCUGUUGGUGGUCAUUAUAACCGUGCAAAAACAGUCAAUGAAAAUUUGAAAAUGAAUGCAGCUUUGCUCUCACGAUUUGAUUUGGUUUUCAUAUUGCUUGAUAAACCUGAUGAGUUACUGGACAAGCAACUCUCGGAGCACAUAAUGUCACUUCACGCUGGAUAUGGAGAAAAUUCACCUGCUGUGAAAAAGCCACGUAUAGCAUCACAAAAUGUUGAAGGAAUAGGUACGAGUGUGAAAGGAGGUUCUUUAGUUUCUAGGCUUAGACUUGACCCCAAAAGGGAUGCUGAUUUUGUUUCAUUGCCUAGUGCACUUCUUCGCAAAUAUAUUGCUUACGCAAGAACCUAUGUCUUCCCCAGAAUGUCAAAACCAGCUGCGGAGAUCCUGCAAAAGUUCUACUUACAACUUAGAGACCAUAGUACAUCUGGUGAUGGUACACCUAUAACAGCAAGACAGCUGGAGAGUCUGGUGAGAUUGACAGAAGCUCGAGCACGAGUAGAGUUGAGAGAAGAAAUAACAGCCCAAGAUGCUAGGGAUGCAGUUGAAAUAAUGAAAGAAUCCCUGUAUGAUAAGUAUGUUGAUGAGCAUGGUUUUGUGGAUUUUGGUCGAAGUGGGGGGAUGAGUCAACAAAAAGAAGCAAAGCGCUUUUUAAGUGCUCUGAACAAGCAGUCAGAGCUGCAGCAGAAAGAUUGCUUCUCCAUAUCUGAAAUAUACAGUUUGGCAGAUAGAAUUAGCUUAAGGGUUCCUGAUAUUGACACAUUUGUGGAUAACUUAAACAGUGUAGGUUAUCUUCUUAAGAAGGGACCAAAGACAUAUCAGGUGUUAUCAUCAUCCUAUUCACGGAGCCAACCAUCAAGAUCAAGAUGCUAAACACCUUCAUAAUAAAAUAGGCAAGAAUCCAAUUAC